AUGUCUGGCACAGCACAGUCAGCCUCUAGUCGCUCGAGAAAUCAGAAUCGGAAAAAGGUCAACGAAGAUGCCCCUUAUAUUGGCCCAGCAGCACCCAAUACAGCUGGCGUCAAGAGACAGGCUGCAGACAGAGCUGAAGGAGACUCCUCGAGAGCAAAGAGGAAAAAAGUUGAACCAAUCCAUGUUGUACAGAGCAAACUUUCUGAUAGUGAAAAUAAGAUAUCACUGGUGGAUUUUGCCAAAAUGCCUUCACCUUUUGUCCACCGCUAUUUAUCAACGUUUGACCUCAUACCUGUCAUUCGGCCUUUACCAAACACUGUCGACGAGCCCCCGCCACCAUAUUCUCUGAGCUUAAAUCUCCAGCAACCCUCUCGAGGACCAUCCCCAAUUCCUGUGACAACACCUGCGAAUCGGCCCCGACGCGACCUUCAUCCCAAGGACCAAUCACGAAGGCGGAGUUCUCGGCUUUCAGAUGAAGACAAUUUCUUCCAACGUACACCAAUACUCGCAGACGUGCACGACUUGCACCUGGUGCUCGCCGGAAUGGCAGAGAAACACUUUCGAGAAAUGGCACCGAUAAAUGGUAGAGAGGAGGUCGAUACGCUUGCGGCCUUCAUGUUUGCGAUAGAUAAGGCGACAGGUGGAAGAUCAAAAUAG